AUGACUGAUAACAUAGUCGGUAUUGAGUACAACCGGGUGACACACACCAGCUCUACGGAUUUCCCCGGGUACACUUCCAACGGAGAUUAUGCAUGGGACAUUGAGAAGUUCAAGGACCAAUUUGAAAUCAACAUCUCGUACAUCUCUGAGAGAACCGCUAAUUUUGACUUGAUUCAUAUAGAUACAUCCAUUGCCAAUGCGUUGCGUCGGAUAAUGAUUGCCGAGGUUCCUUCAGUAGCAGCUGAGACGGUUUACAUAUACAACAACACAUCUGUUAUUCAAGAUGAAGUGUUGGCUCAUAGAAUAGGGUUGAUUCCAUUAAAGGUUAACCCCGAUAUGUUGACAUGCAUUGAUCCUAAUGCGGAAGAGCCUUAUAAUGAUGAGAAUACCAUUGUGUUGACUUUGGAUGUGACCUGUAGCAAAGUGACCCAACUGCUGCCAAAGAAUUCCACCGGCAGUAGUGAACAGAAGGAGAUUCUUAAGAACACCAAUAUUUAUGCCAGAGAUUUGAAAUUUGAACCACAAGGAUGUCAAGUUGAUAAGUUUAGAACCAACCCUGUGGUAGCAUGUGAUCCUGAUAUUUUAAUAGCCAAGUUAAGAGUUGGUCAAGAGAUUUCUUUAAGAGCUCAUUGUAUAGUCGGACUUGGAUCUGAUCAUGCCAAAUUUUCACCUGUUUCCACUGCUUCUUAUAGGCUCAUGCCCGUUAUUGAUAUUCAAAAGCCCAUCAAGGGCGACUCUGCUGAAAGAUUUGCUCGUUGUUUCCCAUCCGGUGUCAUUGGCAUCAAUGAAGAUGGUGAGGCUUACGUAAAGGAUGCCAGAAAGGAUACGGUGUCUAGAGAAGUGUUGAGACACGAAGAGUUCAAUGGGAAGGUCAAAUUGGGGAGAAAAAGAGACCACUUUAUCUUCAAUGUCGAAUCAACUGGUGCCAUGUCGCCUGCAGAAAUCUUCUUCAAGUCUAUUAAUGUCUUGAAGAACAAGGCAGAGUAUUUGCGCAACUGUCCAAUCAGUCAAUAA